ACCUAUCGUUUAAAUACAGUUACUUACGGUACGGUACCCGCUUCAUACAUAGCAACAGCCUGUCUGAAGAAAUUAGCUGAAACCAAUAGUAUGGAAUACCCUAAAGCUGCAGCAGCUAUCAUUCGCGAUUUUUAUAUGGAUGAUUUUUUAAGUGGGGCGGAAACGAAAGAUGAGGCGGCUACAUUGAUAAGACAACUCAUUGACGUAAUGAAUAGCGCCGGAAUGAAAUUAAGAAAGUGGUCAUCUAACGAUAUAGAUUUGCUUAAAUCUAUUUUACCUGACGAGGAUAUAGAAUUGUCAAAUUAUUAUGAUAUCGGUGGUUCGACAAAGAAAAUUUUAGGGUUGUAUUGGGACGCUCAUACUGAUAAGUUACGGUUUAAGAUAUCGCCGGGAGUGGGCUCGACUACGGCCAUCAGUAAACGUGACAUAUUAUCCGACAUAGCGUCGAUUUUUGACCCGUUAGGUUUGGUAGGACCGGUGGUCAUACGCGCAAAAAUAAUGUUACAAGCCCUAUGGCGAGAAAAGGUGAACUGGGAUGAACCCAUACCGAUUGGUGUGCGUGAAGAGUGGUUAAAAUACCGCAAUUUAUUACCAGCAUUAAAUAACUUAUCGAUAUCACGGAAAAUAUUAGGUGAUUUAAGUGUAGGGCAUAUAGAAAUUCAUGGGUUUUUAGACGCUAGCGAAGUAGCCUACGGUUGUUGUUUGUACGUUCGAUACGCAACCGGCACGGGGUCAUAUUCCACCAGUUUAAUAUGCGCCAAGUCCAAGGUAGCACCAAUAAAGACUUUAUCAAUACCGAGAUUAGAGUUAUGCGCCGCAUUAUUAUUAAGUAGAUUGGCGGCCAAGAUAAUACCCAAAUUGCAAUUAAAUAUAAAACGGAGAUAUUUUUGGACAGAUUCGACCAUCGUACUUGCUUGGAUUUCGUCACCUGCUGCAAAUUGGAAAGUCUUUGUUGGUAAUAAGUUCAAAGGAAAAUCCUGCGGACGUAAUAUCUCGUGGUUGCUGCCCAUCGAAAUUGGCGGAAAAUGUAUUAUGGUGGACCGGUCCAGAUUGGAUACGUCGAGACGAACAAGAAUGACCACAGUCACAAGAACUCUCGAUAGAAAAGGAACAUAUUCCAGAUUUUAUUGUUAA